UUAAAGUUAACAGUUGAAUGAGCUAUAAAUCACAUAGAAACAUUUCUGUCUAUUUAUUAAAAUUAUAAGAACCGACAGUUCUUUUAUACUCAGCGGAUUGAUAGUAAAUAAAAAAUUAAAAGGAAAAAUGUCAAAAAGUUAUGGGCUAAUAAUACCAAAUAAACAAAAAGAAAAAACUGUGUAUCCCUCAAAUAUACAAAAAAAAUCUGUUUUUGGCGAUGAGAGUAGUAGUGAGUCUUCUGGUGAAGAUAUUCCCAAAAUUCGUGGGAAACAUCAACAAAUAUCUGGCCCAGGAGCAGUAGAAAGACGUCAGGCAAAAUCCAUUCAGCAAAAAGCAUUAGCGGAAGAUCCCACGAUAUUUCAAUACGACGAACUUUAUGAUGAAAUCGAAACUAAGCGCGAGGAAGAAAAAAAACAAAAUACAGAAGAGAGAAAACCAAAAUACAUUGGCAGACUUCUGCAACAAGCGGAACGUCGAAAAUUAGAAAAUGAGCGCCGUAUUGAAAGACAAGUUCAAAAAGAAAGGGAAGCUGAGGGAGACCAAUUUAAAGAUAAGGAAUCCUUUGUGACAUCUGCAUAUAAAAAAAAAUUGGAAGAACUUAAAAAAGCUGAAGAAGAAGAAAAACGAGAGGAAUAUUUAGAAGCUAUUGGCGACGUUACUAAGCAAGGAAAUUUAGAUGGCUUUUAUAGACACUUAUAUGAGCAGAAAUUAGGAGCAGAAGAACAAGACAAUAAAAUUAUUACAAAUAAAAAAUCGGAAAAAGAGGAUAUUCACGAGGAACCAUCAAAAACUAGGCAAAAUAUUAAACCUCGUACUUACCGAAAACGAAUAUCAUCCGAUGAUGAUACUGAAAAUGAGAAUUCAGUGGCAAAAAGGGCACAUAUUCAAUCUAAUUUAGAUGCUGAUUCCGAUUUUAGUAUAGAUGAUUCUUCCUCUGAAGAUGAAAAUGAAAAUCACAAAAAUGAUACAAAUACAAGCAAAAUUGAACAACCAAUAAAAACUGAGUCGGAUAUCAAACAGGAAAGUUCUGAGAAGGAGUGCCAUUCGGUUGCUAACGAAAUCGUUAAAACUGAACCGGAUGAAGAUAACUCAGAAAAAAAGCAGCAAAAACACAAAGAAAAAAUUGAUGUGUGGAAAAAACGGACCAUUGGAGAUAUUUUUGAUGCUGCUUUGCAAAGAUAUUAUGAAAGAAAGAGUGCUAGACAAAGAUAGCUUCGGAAAGUUGUUUAAGUUUGAAUUACAAAAAUGGUGGAUCUAUUAUCGCGUUUGUGUAUAUUGCAUCUCGUUUGGAAGGAAGAUACGAAAAAGGAAUGUAUAUUUGAAAAUAUCCAAGAAAGUUUUAGUUUGUAAUAUAAAAAUGGCUUUUUAGGACUUAAAAUAAACCUAAACGAAAUCAUGAAAAUGU